CAUGCGCGUGCACACAAACACAGAUCUAUUCUGAAAGAAUGGUGACUACAAAGCGCGCUAAGUGGUUCACCAAUAAGACUCUCACGAAGCUUAACUUCCAUGGCUUUGGUCGGGCAAGGAAACGGGCGAUAGAGCAGCCGAGAGAUAGCUCCCAAGAGAUCUUUUGCCAACAUGAGUCGAAAGAUAGCUUCCAAGAGAUUUUCCGUCGCUUAGAUUCUGAUGGUGAUGGUCGCAUAUCGAGCGAUGAGCUGAGGUCCUUCUUAGGAUGGACUGGCGACCACGUAUUGCCAGAGAAGGCAACGAUUGUGGUGCGUGAUCUCGAUGUAGACGACGAUGGAUUCAUCGAUUAUUACAAUUUUGUUCAGCUAGUGGAUGGUGGUCGACGACAGGGCGUGGGGCGUGGAGGAGAGGAUUAUGAAGAAGAUAUUCGAAGGGCUUUUGAGAUGUUUGAAGGAGAGGAUGAAGGGGAGGGUUGCAUCACCCCGAAAGGAUUGCAAAAAGUGUUUGGGAGGCUUGGGGAGGAGAAAACACAGGACGAGUGUGCUGCCAUGAUUAGGGUUUAUGAUCUUGAUGGUAACGGUGUAUUGGAUUAUCAUGAGUUUUAUAGGAUGAUGGGUUAAUUAGAAUAACAUAAUUUAGUGUGACUUCUUUGUCUGAUAAAUAAUAUGAAUCUUUAGCUUAUUGUCAUGAUGGUCGCAUGAAUGAUUGAAAAAAUACGAUAUAUCUAA